CAUGCUGUCAAUUUGGUAUGCUAUCGACCUUGAGUAAACGGAUCAGGUAUUGGAUGUGGUAUUAUAUUGUCUUAAAGUCACAGCGAUGAUGCUGAGAAAGGUUGUUGAAGUAUGCACGAUGACGUAAUGCAAGCGCGGGGGAUACAUUACAGUGGCAUGAACGUCUGCGACCCACGUCUUUACACGAUAUUCAUAUUACCAUCAACGCAUUGUCUCCUGGUGAGCACGUCAUUAUGUCUUCAAAUCCCCGUGUUGUUCUUCUUGGUACUUGCGAUACAAAGUUGGAAGAGUUGCUAUUCCUUCGUAAAGAAAUAGAGCGGAACAAUGUCGACGUGAUGCUGAUGGAUGUGGGUCGGCGCCACAAGGAGUAUGAUGCCAUCACAAUCAGUCAACACCAACUGCUGGAGGAUCAUGGAGAUGCAAAAGAUGUGAGCAAGCUACCUCGAGGAGAAGUCAUCAAGACCAUGGCUGGCUGCGCUACCAAGGCUGUCAAAAAGCUAUUCGAUGAAGGAAAGAUACACGCCGCGAUCAACGCGGGAGGUUCAGGUGGUACGUCGCUCGCAGCGGAAGUGAUGAGAACUGCGCUCCCUAUCGGCUUUCCAAAGCUGAUCGUGUCAACUGUGGCAAGCGGCGAUACUGGGCCAAUCGUAGGGGAAACCGACAUCACCCUGAUGUACAGCGUUGUAGAUGUGGCUGGCCUUAAUCAAGUGCUCCGCAAUGUGCUUAGCAAUGCCGGAGCAGCCAUAGCUGGAAUGGCUCGCGCAUACGCACCUCGCCAACAAGACGCAGCUCAGCUGCUAAAGAAACGUGUUGGUAUUACUAUGUUCGGUGUCACCACGCCAGCUGUCGACUUCAUCCGAAAACAUCUCGAAGACAACUACGACAUUGAGACGUACGUCUUUCAUGCUACCGGUCACGGCGGGAAAGCAAUGGAACGACUCAUCCAAGAAGGUGGGCUGGAUGCAGUUCUCGAUCUUACCACUACCGAGAUAUGCGAUCAUAUUACCGGCGGUGUCAUGAGUGCUGGUGAGCAUCGUCUCGAAGCCGCCGCAAAAGCCGGAAUACCAAAUAUCGUCUCCGUAGGCGCGACCGACAUGACAAACUUUGGUCCGAGAAGCACAGUGCCGGAACGAUACAAAGAUCGCAAGCUGUAUGAGCACAAUCCUGUCGUGACCUUGAUGAGGACAUCAGUAGACGAAGCAACUCAAGUUGGCAAAUUUAUUGCAACGAAAUUGAAGCAUUGUGCAAAGAAGCCCGGAGCAAUUCAAGUCUGGUUACCGAAGGGUGGUAUCAGCAUGAUCGCUGUCCCUGAUGGGCCUUUUGAAGACCAACAGGCGGAUGCUGCGCUCUUCAGUGCGAUACGAGAGGAACUCCAGGGUGGUAAUAUUGAAGUUACCGAAGACGAGCGCGCGAUUAAUGAUGAGGGAUUUGCGCACGAUAUCGCGGAGGCGCUAGUCGCGAAGAUGGGAAUUGGUCGGUAAGCAAAUUGUGGUAAUUGCGUGACUUUGAGAAGGCGCAGCGAAAGAUGGCACAGCCAGUCCAGGAGCAGUUGCCAAUGUCAAUUACCAUCUUCCCAAGCUCUUGGCUCCGAGACGAGGUGCAUGCGCCUGACGACCAUAGGACCGUGCCACUUCCAACACGCAUCGCCAGGCAUCUUCACGCCUGUAUUAGGCGGCGCGGCCGGUGCAGCGCCCCUGAAUUACUAUCCGAGAUGGCAACAAGCUUUUUUGGGCUCAGGCGU